GCAUUAUAUGAGCAAUCUCCCAACUCAUCUCUGUUAAUACAUACUUUAUUGAGACAGUGUUAUUGAUAAAUGAGAAGUGUUUUUGGUUGGAUUUUCAACGAAGUUCAAGAUAAGAUACGAGAAAGUCUCAAUUAAAUUAAAUUGACUAAAAGAAUUGGUAAAAAUAUCGGGAUAAAAUGUUCGAGAAGAAAAUAGUGCUUAAGCAAUUUUUCAAUUGUCAGAUUCUGCGAAACGGCCAAGUUUUAAAAGAGGAUUUGUGGGUUCGUGACGGAAAGAUCAUAGACCCAGAGAAAAUAUUUUAUGAUGAAAAAGUUUUACCUGAUUUUAUGAUUGACUGUCGUAGUGCUUUGAUAUCGCCGGGAUAUAUAGAUCUCCAAGUGAAUGGUGGCCUGGGUAUAGAUUUCUCGAAUAAUAUCGACAAUGUAGAAGAAGGUGUUAGUAAAGUAGCUAAACAAUUAUUGACGCACGGAGUGACUUCAUUUUGCCCCACAGUAGUGACGUCACCGAAAGAAACUUAUAGGAAGGUUCUUCCGAAAAUCAGAAGAACCUACGGCACUACAUCGGGUGCUGCAAUUUUGGGCGUUCACGUUGAAGGACCUUUCAUAAACACAAGUAAAAAAGGAGCUCAUGAGGAAAUCUGUAUUCGCAAGUUUGACAAAGGCUUUAAAAGUGUAAUCGAUACCUACCAUACUCUAGAAAAUAUAUGUUGCAUUACUCUAGCACCUGAGAUUCCCAAUGCAUUGCCAGUAAUAAAAGAAUUACGCAAGAAGAAUAUUAUCAUUUCUGUUGGCCAUUCCGUAGCGAAUUUAAAAGAAGGAGAAAGUGCUGUUAAAUAUGGGGCCACAUUUAUCACACAUCUUUUUAACGCAAUGCUUCCAUUUCAUCACAGAGAUCCCGGAUUAGUGGGCCUUUUAACAUCCGAUCAAAUACCACCAGGACAGAUUAUUUAUUAUGGAAUUAUUGCCGAUGGAGUACAUACGCAUCCAGCUGCUUUGAGAAUCGCUCAUCGAACUCAUCCGAAAGGCUUAGUCUUGGUGACUGAUGCGAUUUCGGCUUUGGGUUUAAAAGAAGGAAUUUAUCAAUUAGGUCAACGCGAAAUUGAAGUUCGAAAUGAUAGAGCUUACAUCGCAGGAACGGAAACUCUUUGCGGCAGUAUCGCUAACAUGUCCGAAUGUGUUCGAUUUUUUAAGGAAGCAACUGAAUGUACAAUCGUUGAAGCCUUGGAGGCAGCGACUUUGCAUCCUGCCCAAGUCCUCGAAAUUCAUUCUCGGAAAGGAGUACUGAAUUUCGGAGCCGAAGCCGAUUUUAUUUUACUCAAUGAAAAACUCGAAGUUUUGUCCACGUGGAUUGCAGGAGACUGUGUUUAUGAACGUGAAUCACAUCUCUAACAAAUUAGUAUUAAGAAAAAAAAACUAAAGUGAUCUUUUUUUAUUAUAUAACUAGACUUAAGCGAGCUAAUGUAGAAGGAGAAGUUGCUCAUCUGGAGCAAAUAGCGUUCCGUCUGAAGUGCAAUUACACUACAAUGGCAUUUACUUUUCACAUUAAUCGACAAAUCAAAAGACUUAUUUUUGCAUCCCCUUUUUUAUGAAAUUACUGGUGAAAUAUUUUUAUAGCGUUUUCACAAAGUGAACAAUAAAAUCUUUCAAAUUGUGAA